AUGACGUCACUGGUCUGCGUGCUCGGUAAAAUAGUCAGCAUCGUCUGUAUCUACAUCCCUGAUCGAGAACGUAAAGAAAAAAGUAAAAAGAAAUUAAAGAGACCGUUUGAUCAGGGUCCCAUCAGUAAAUUCUUUCAGUCGUCAUCUAGUCAAAAUAUGUCAAACGAUCAAAUUUCAUCGGAAACACUGCCCGAUCCCGAGUCUGAUGGACAAGCCGUCAUUAAAAAAUCAAAUGUCGCAGAUGAAUCUACCGCGUCACCCAUUGUAGAUCAAGACUUAGUGGCCCCGUCUGAACAAAAUGUGCCGUCUAUCAGUAUUCCUACGUCAACUGAAAAUGUCAAAGUUACGAACACUAGGAAAAUUCAAGAUAAUUGGUUGAAAAUUUGGCCAUGGCUCUAUGUUGAGCAAGGUGCACUUUUUGUCGAAUUUGUGUUGAAAAUAAGCCGAAGAAUGUGUUUGCUACUGAUGGCUGUAAGACAUCAAGUUUUGAAGGUGUUCCCUAAUCUUCUGGAAAACUUCAAGAACAUUGAAGCCUUAGGAGGAAAGUACAAUUUGGACUUUUGGAACCAACCGAAACAUCAAAAUGGCACAUACGACAUCCACGUGACUCCUGAAGAGGUCGACGAUGUUAUCUCUGAUCUGAAGCAUUUAGGGGCAGAUGUAAACGUUUGGAUCAAAGACAUCCAAUCCAUUAUAGAGGAAUCUAGGCCAACUGAUCGACAAAAAAGGGCGACGAGUGGCUCUCUCAGUAUGAACCAUUACCAUUCGUAUGCGGAGAUCAACACUUUCCUGAAUUCAAUUGUGUCUUCAAAUAGCCAUGCCCAUCUAUACAAACUUGGAACAUCCAUCCAGGGUAGAGCCAUUAAUCUCAUCAGGGUAAGUACACUCGGGGCACACAAGAAGAGCAUCUUUAUGGAUGGCGGAAUUCACGCCAGAGAGUGGAUAGCGCCUGCCGUCGUUCUCUAUAUGAUUGACCAGUUAGCUAACAAUCCCAGUAACGACCCAGAUAUUGCCAAUCUGAUGGACAAGUUUGACUGGUAUCUGGUGCCACUUGUCAAUCCAGAUGGGUAUGAAUACUCUAGGAACAGUGACCGAAUGUGGCGGAAGAAUAUGGCUAGCAGUUACGGGUCAUAUCAUUCGUCUUACUGUGGUAGUGAUGAGAUGGGGGUGGAUCUUAACAGGAACUUUGGCUAUCAUUGGGACCCGUCCAACGGUGGCAGUUUGGAUCAGUGCACAGAGACAUAUGCUGGGCCUCAUGCUCUGUCGGAACCGGAAACGCAAGCUAUAGCGCAUGCUCUCGACUCUGAUCAUCUAGGCCGAGUAACAGCAUCCGCCAUUUACCAUGUGAACAGAAAUCGUUAUACUGUUGGGGAGGACACAGUCGUUUUAUACUCUGCCGCUGGUGGCGCUGACGAUUACGCUAAAGGUCAUUCUGGUAUCAAAUAUGCUUACACUGUAGAAAUGGGUGACCUUGGUCAGUAUGGUUUCCUUCUUCCGGAAAGACUUAUUCAGCCUUCCUGUCAGGAACUCUGGGCCGGGGUGAAAGCAAUGGCUCACGAAUUGAUUAAACUUUACCAUCUCUAA